UUGUCUGUUUAAUUACAACAAUUUAAUUUUUAGCGCAAAUUUGAGGUUUAUAUCAUAUUUUGCAAUGUUUUAUUUAGUGGCGCCAGUGCUGAUUAUACACAAUCGAUAGUUCUGUGGUAACUUCAUCUAGAUGAAGCCAGUUACAAUUAAUCACAAACAAAAUUUGGAUUCAUUUGACAUCAAAUAAAGACAUAUUAAUAUUUACAUCUUUCUUACCUGAAACUUUAUAAAACGUCGAAGUGUCCACAUAAAAAAGUUAAGCUGCAGGCCUGAUUGUCCAGUUCUUCAAAAUGGACAAUUUAAAACUUCAAGAUGAAGUAAAAGCUUUGAAAAAUUUCGGAGAUCACUUGGAACAGAUGCUGAAACUCAUAAGCUUCGAAGUUUGCGAUUUGCCGGACGACGUAUUGAUGUUGCUGGACAAGUGUGUGGAAAUUCAGGCAUACGGGCAAUUAAAUGAUCUUAACAUAAACUAUCUACGUGAAUUUUACUAUACAAAAAAGCGCGAAAAUAUCGAAAAUAAACUCACUGUUGCACAGCAAUCGGCAACAUUGAAAAAACUGAGAGGUUCUAUAAAAGAGGCGGACGAGGAAAUAGCCGCAUUGGAAAGAUUUACAAGCACAGUUAGCAAGCGCUUGAUAUCGGCUACCGAACUGCAGCGCAAUAUUACUCAAAUAGCUGGAAAAUCCAAGGGCCUUCUGGACAGACUAAAGGGCCUAAAAGUGCCAGAUGACUUCAACAUUGAAGCGGUAAUAGAGAAGAUAGAUAUGCUUGAGCGGAGCAAAUAAAGCGAAUAGUUUUUUCUCUUUUGUAUAAAAAUGA